AUGGCCGCCGAUUUUCCCUGCGACGACGCUGGAAUGUGCAUGGUCUGCGGCGUGGACGUGGAGUCCGAGGUCGACCUGCUACGCUGCUCCACCUGCGCCACCCCGUGGCACUCCCCUUGCCUCUCGAAUCCCCCCGCGCUCUCCAAGGCCGCGACCUGGAGCUGCCCGGACUGCUCCAGAGACCCUGCAGCUGCCCGCGCGGCUCCUGCGGCAGGAGGCGAGCUCGUCGCCGCCAUCCGCGAGAUCGAGGCCGACACCACCCUCUCCGACGAAGAGAAGGCGCGACGCCGGCAAAAUCUUCUGGCUGGCCGAUCUGCUGCAUCUGCACCCGAUUAUGUCGACGACAGCGCAGAGGACGACGUCCUCAACAUCCUCGGCAAAAGCUUCAGCUGCACCUUCUGCAUCAACCUGCUGGAUCGCCCCGUCACUACACCAUGUGGCCACAAUUUUUGCCUGAAGUGCUUCAACGGAUGGACACGUAAGGGAAAAAGGGCGUGUGCAAAAUGUCGUAAACCGAUCCCAUCCAAAAUGGUGGAACAACCUAGAAUCAACUCUAAAAUGGAUGAAGUGAUCCGUAAGGCCAGGAUGUCAAAGACUACUAAUUCAACUGGCUCAGUAGACUUGCAUCGCCAUUACAUACAGAAUGUUGAUAAGCCCGACAGGGCAUAUACAACUGACAAGGCCAAGCGAGCUGGAAAAGCAAAUGCUUCAAGCGGCAAGAUUUUUGUGACAACUGCACAAGAUCAUUUUGGACCCAUCCUUCCCGAACAUGACCCCAUGAGGGAAACUGGUGUCCGAGUUGGAGAAACAUGGGCAGAUAGAUUUGAAUGUAGACAAUGGGGUGCUCAUUUGCCUCACAUAGCUGGAAUUGCUGGGCAGAGCAGAAAUGGUGCUCAGUCAGUUGCCCUAUCUGGAGGCUAUGAAGAUGAUGAAGACAACGGAGAUUGGUUUCUUUAUACUGGAAGUGGCGGGAGGGAUCUAAGUGGAAACAAGAGAACAAAUAAGGAGCAAGGUUUCGAUCAAACAUUUGUGAAUAUGAAUGAGGCUCUCCGAAAAAGCUGCUUGAAGGGUUACCCUAUUCGGGUUGUGCGGUCCCAUAAAGAGAAACACUCUUUGUAUGCUCCUAAAUUGGGUGUGAGGUAUGAUGGAAUUUACAGAAUUGAGAAAUGUUGGAGGAAGAUUGGUAUUCAGGGGAAGUUCAAAGUCUGCAGGUAUCUCUUUGUACGCUGUGACAAUGAACCAGCACCUUGGACCAGUGAUGGUCAUGGUGACCGUCCAAGGCCAUUGCCCGACAUUCCGGAGUUAGAAGGUGCAACUGAUAUAACUGAGAGAGAUGAGCAACCUUCAUGGGGCUACGAUGAGAACAAAGGCUGCUGGAAAUGGAUGAAAGAGCCUCCAACGAGAAGGAAGGCUGGCAAACAAGUCCGGAGAAGAGCAAGGAGUGAUAAGAUGUCUAACGCUAAAAGACUCCUGAAAGAGUUUAGCUGUUCUAUCUGCUACAAAGUGAUGACAGAACCACUCUCAGCUCCCUGUGGUGACAACUUCUGCAAGACUUGUCUGCUGGGGGCAUAUGAUAACCAGUCCUCCGUGAGAGAAAGAAGCAGCGGUGGUCGUAGUCUGAGGGCUCAGAAGAUCGUCAAGAGAUGCCCAUCCUGUGGAACUGACAUCAGCGACUUCCUAGCAGAUCCACAGAUCAACCGAGACAUAAUGGAUGUGAUUGAGUCUCUGCAACUGAAAGUAGAAGAAGGUAACACCACCAAGGAGGUUCCAUAUGGUGGUGGUGACACGGAUGAGGAAUUCCAAGAUGAUGACCAAGAGGAAGAUGAUGGCGAUGGUAUGGAGAUGGAUGAAGCUGGUUGCAGCUUUAAUGUCGAAGAGGGAGACAAUGCUGAGGAUCAUAAGGAUAACCCAGCUGAUAUGAAUGAUGUUGCUUGUGGCAAGAUUGCGGUUGGAAUCAAAGAGGAAGGCCAGCAGCCCGGCCAGAAGCGCAAGGAUGACACUGACGUUGGCACUGAUGGUCGUCCUAAUAAAAGGAUGACAACCAGUGCUGGCGUGGAACAACAGAACAGUAAGGGCGAUGAGGCAGACGUGUAA